UGAUCUUGAUUUUUAUGCCAAAAUAUCUUUAAAAUAGCGCUAAAAAUGGAUAGAGGAGACGGAGAUGGAGUAGAUGACGAUAUAUCUAAGGGAAUUUCGCGAUUAAACAUAAAUCAAGAAUCGAAAUCUGUAGAAACGGCAGAUAGAGUUCAUUCAAAUGGAAACACAAAUUCACUCAAGGCCAAGUUUAACCAACUUGUUCUUGAUGCUAAAGAAAAAGCAAGGCAGGGAUUAUUAGAAGAAGCUCUGGAGCUGUUCAACAAAGCAUAUAACAUUCAUCAAAGUGAAAAGUUACUAAAAAGAAUAAAUAAACUUAAAGAAUUUAUAAAAGAAUAUGCGCAACAGGAGGAGGAUGAAGAGGAAGAAGAAGAAGAGGAUGAUAAUGGAAUGAUAGAAGUGGGCAAUGGGUUUAGUUUAGCCAAAGAGAUAAGUGAAGCCCUCUACCCUUACCAAAAGGAAGGUGUCUUAUGGUUCUGGAAGCUGUAUCAGAAGAAGCAAGGAGGAAUUCUAGGCGAUGAUAUGGGGUUAGGGAAGACAAUUCAAGUCAUUGCUUUCCUAUCUGGGAUGUUUGACAAUGAACUUAUCAAGAAUGCUCUUAUUGUCAUGCCUGUGUCUCUUAUAUCAAACUGGGAAAAAGAAUUCAAAACUUGGACUCCUGGCAUUCGUGUGAAGUGUUUCCAUGGUAGCAACAAGAAAGAAAGGCAGAAAAACUUGGACAAGAUACAACAGAAAAGUGGUGUUUGCCUGACAACCUACGGACUGGUUGUUUCUAGCAGUGAAAUACUAAGCAACACCUCAGAUGGACGACCAUUUAGAUGGGAUUAUGUGAUCCUCGAUGAAGGGCACAAGAUUAAAAACCCAACAAAGACAAACAAGAACAUUAGGACCAUCCCAGCAAGGAAUCGCUUCAUCCUCACUGGGACACCCAUUCAGAAUAACCUCAGGGAGAUGUGGUCUUUGUUUGAUUAUGUGACACAAGGACAACUUCUAGGAUCCUCUAGAACCUUUAAGCAAGAAUUUGAGAAUCCUAUCGUAAGGGCCAGAGAACGAGAUGCCAGUGCUUAUGAAAAGCGCAUAGGAGGUGAAAUGGCCAAGAGUUUGAGGAAGCUGAUAGAUCCUAUUUUCCUACGCCGCACCAAGGCCAUGGUGCUCAAGUCUAAGGAUUCAACACCAGACAAGGAAGAUGGAGUAAAUGCAACUCAAGGGGAGAUCUCUCUGUUGAAAACUCCAAGUGCAUCGCUUCCAGAAAAGCUCACUCGGAAGAAUGAUUUUAUCAUAUGGCUUCAUCUGUCUGACACCCAGAUCAAGAUCUACUCAGAUUUUCUAGGUUUGGAGCUAGUAAAAGAGCUUUUGAUGAGUAAUCGCUCUCCACUAGCUGAGUUAAAUAUCCUCAAGAAGAUCUGUGACCACCCAAGACUCUUGUCCGCUAUGGCAUGCAGUCAGUUGGGGCUAGAUGAUAAUGCAAGAGCUAUUGACCUGGAAGAGAACAAGGAGAACGAGAAUAGUAAUAUAGAAAGAUCGCUAACAGCCAAAUAUGAUGAUGGUGGUAUUGGAGUAUCAGACAAUGCCCUGAUCCAGGAAUCUGGUAAAAUGCUGUUCCUGGUAGCCUUACUGGACAACUUGAAGAAAGAAGGUCACCGUUGCCUGGUUUUUAGUCAGUCAAGGAAAAUGCUCAAUAUUAUUCAAAGAAUAAUCACUCGUAGGGGUCACAAGGUUCUUCRUAUUGACGGCACUGUCUCAAAAACAGCUGACAGGCAGCAUCUGAUCAACACUUUCCAAACCAAUCCAUCCUACACAUGCUUUUUGCUCACUACACAGGUCGGAGGUGUUGGGUUAACAUUGACCGCAGCCGAUCGUGUUGUUAUUGUUGAUCCAAGCUGGAAUCCAGCCACUGACGCUCAGGCCGUUGACAGAGCAUAUCGUAUUGGACAAAAAAAACCAGUGGUGAUUUACAGGUUGAUCACUUGUGGUACCAUAGAAGAGAAGAUCUAUCGUAAACAGAUAUUCAAAGAUGCCUUGAUGAAGCAGGCUACUGGCUCCUCCGCCAACCCCUUCAGGUAUUUUACCAGAGAGGAUCUCCGUGAGCUGUUCACGUUAGAUGACCCAAUGAAGUCUAAAACACAAGUUCAGCUGUCCAAAAUGCAUGCACAUCACCGCGAUUCAGACCAGAAACUGGACAAACACAUUGAGUUCCUGCACAAUCUGAACAUAUUCGGCAUCACAGACCACRAUCUGAUGUACAGUCAAGAAGCUGUGGAGACUGCUGAAGAAAAGGAACAAACAGGCGAUGCUAUCCAGGCUAGAGUCAUUCGUGCACAGAAUAUGGUGGCUGCAGAAUCUAGUGCAGGUGGUCAGACCCUCCCCAGUGUGCUGCCUGCACCAUACCAGAACCCUAAGUCACUGCUAAAACCAAUCAAUGUGCAGGACUUGAUCAAUGAGGAGGAUAAGAAAACAAUCCAGGCCAAAAUCCAUCAGUUUGAGGUCUUCAAACCAACUCGAGAGGAUACUAAGCGCUUCAUGCCACGUGACAAAAAACCUCUGAUGCCCCAGGCUCCCAAAGCCAAUGACGUAAUUGACUUGUGUACUCCACCCAUCAGUCCCGGCAUACAGAAAAAUGAUACCAGGGAUUUGACCAAGGGUGAUCAGACUACUAUAGAUGACGACAUGGCAAACCUGUCGAUUCAAAAUAGAAGCAGCUCCUCUUCAGUUGARAUUGAAAACGAUGACUCAUCAGAGGGUAGUGAUCAUGACAACCCUCUUGUUAUUCUGGAUUCAUCUCCAACUAAACAAAACCAUAUUCUACCAAAUCGCAUGAUGGCACCCACACAUGACUCUCCAGUACCUACAUCAUCACACGACACCACUUCACCAGUUGAAUCAUCCGACUCGCCAUUAUCUAAGCCACCAAGUGAGCCUUCCAUGAAUAUAGAGAUACCUGAUUCACCAGCAACUGAGCCAGCACGUGACACCAUAUCGCCUAUACAGRCAGGUGACUCUCAGGUACCUAUAUCAUCAUGUGACUCUACCUCACCUAUGAAAUUAACUGACUCACCAGCAUCUGUACCAUCACAUGGCUUCAUGUCACCUAUACAGACAGGUAUACAAAUAUCRCAAGACUCCUCAUUGCCUGUACAGAUAUGUUAUUCAACAAUACCUAUACAAGCAUUUGGUUCUGUGUCAAAUUUAGCAGAACCUGAGUUUGAUGGAAGGCAAUCCGAUCCUUAUGUGGCUGAUAAUGACAAAGAGGAUGAGAUGAAUCAAUCAGAAAUUUAUCCACAAUUUUCACAUGAGAAAAUUGAMGAUAGCAAGGAAUCUGUGGAUGAAAGAAAUUCCGGAGCAAGUGAGAGUGAYCUGUGUUCAUCCACACCCAUGGAGGAUACUGACGCUUCCUCAAGAGCACCUGACRCUACCCAUUUAGACUCCCAUCUAGUUUCAACCACACCCUCUGAAUGUGACCUUCCUCCUGACCUGCUGAAAAGGACAUCUACUAAUGCCACACCUGAGGAUUUACACCUGUCUCCGACCAAACUAACCUAUUCWAACCCCUCUUUGAYCACAACUAUGGAAGAUGCUGUCCUGCCUUCGACCACGCCUAUGGAUGAUGCAGACCUGUCUCCAGCCACACCGAUUGAGCAGUCUAUAGAAAACAUUCUGUUUGCAUCCCCAGCUGUGUAUGUAAAUGAUGACGGCAUAAUGCAGACACCGCGGAGAAAGAGUUCUAAGUUCAGACGUAAAAGCUUGAGUCAGCGUCCCUUCAAUAACAUUGAUGAUUCAGAUGACGACGAUGAAAGCAGUAAUGUCAUUCCUCUCAAAGUACAACAACAAGUAAAGGUUGUGGAGAGCAGUAAUCAAAGUCUGAACGAAAGUUCCGAUGUCUUUUUGACACCUAAUUCAUCAAGGAAUUCAGAGUCUUUUUCAUUAAACAAGGAAAACAUCAACGAAAGCUUCCAGCAGAGAAUGUCAAGUACCGUCAUGGUAUCCCAGGACAAUGAAGACAAGGGUGUUGUAAACAUGACUAAGGUUCRCAGGAAAGUGAAGAGGAUCGAUAGUACUGAUGAUGAAGAGAAUGAAGAGGACUAUGAGGAGAAUGUUGCAAGCAUAGAGAAAAAAGAUGAAGAGGACCCCGCGUUUAGUACACCCACUGGCAGCUCRCCGGGGGCAGAAACAGAGAGCGAUGAUAAUGCUAGCGAAGAUGAACUGCCAAUCAGAGCCAAGAAGACACCAAGAAAGGUCUUGAGAAUCGAAAGUGAUGAGGAGGAAGAAGAUUGUGAAGAGGACGAGGAAAGAGCUAGAGAAGAGAACUUAUCCAAUGAGGAUGAAUCUGAAUACAGUGAAGAACGCUCCAAUUCUGAAGUCUCAUCUGCAGCAAGUAGCCAGAACCAAGAAGAAUCAUUUCAUUCAUCAACUGAAGGGGAAAGUGAAGAUAGUGUCAAAAACCAGAUGGAAACUAAAAGAAGGGUAAAGAGACUUGAAAGUACUGAUGWUGAUGAUGAUGAUGACGACGAUGAUGAUGAAUCUGGGUCRUCGUCUGGGGAAAGUAAAGACGGCCACGACUGCAGCAAAGAUGUGAAAAACAYGUCUCAAAACAAAUACCACUGUCCGUAUGGACUGCAUCAGUCUAAUGCUGUCAAUAUCGAAAGGUGUGCCUGCAUUCUUGAUCAGGUGGAGAAGGAAAACUAUGCAAGCAACGUACAUCUUGCGAAUGAAGAAGAUAACCUUGGCAGGCAUGACAUGGCCCUGGACUACUAUCUAGAAGCCUUGAAAAUAGAUUCAAGUGAUCUCAGGAUUCAUAAACGAGCCCUGGAACUUGCAAAACAACAAAAUCUAGUAUAAAAGAGAGAGAGAAAAAAAAUUGAAAUUAGGCAGCAUUUAAAAUUGAAAUUAUCAUUUAGCUUUUGUCUGUUUCAUUUAAAAAAUGUUUGGCAAGGUUUUGUUUUAUGCAUACCCAGCCUAAAACCAAUAAUUAUUAACAUCAAGGAAAAAAUAAUACAGCCGUAUUUCAAUUUACAGAUGCAUGUACACAUUUCAAAAAUAAAUUGUUGUCAUCGCCAAAGGUGAUUAGGUCAUUAGAACAUGGAAAUGGUUUUGUUGAAUACAUGCAGAGAACAUUGAUCAGUCUCAACACUAAGGUACAUGUUCUUGACAAGAAUAAGAAGCAGAAACACAAGUCAUUCCAGCUAUUUGGAAGUUUGAAUGACCUAUUACAAUCUCCUAUCACUUUAUGCCUAUUGCCUAUUGCCUUUGGUGAUGACAACCUUUUUUGAAAUAGGCAUAAUAUACAACACUUCUGUGGCAAUGUAGUAAUAAAUUUGAUCUUACCUGUGUAA